GCGGGACUGGUUGAGGGGCAGAACUUGUUAGCCACUUCUUAUCGAGGCCCGUGCUUAGUAAUUGCUUCAAAUCAACGAUAACAAAUACAUUGUAAUAUCAUUAAAGAUGCGACACGGACGAACGGUGAACUAGCGAGGGUAGAAGCAAUAAACAGCGGUUUAAACGGUAACGUUUGCUAGCUGACGAUAGAAAAUGGCACGAUAGAGUAAUUGAACCGUUAGCUAGAAGUCUUAGGAACACUUUUAAAGUGAUUAUUUUGUAUCCAACCUUAACAUUGUAGCGGUUGUUUCCAAAGGAUAUCAUUAUGCAAAGCGACAAAUCGGAGCCGAGUGAAGCCGAGUGUGUGAGCACAAGCGACACCGAGAAGAAGGCACUGAGUACCGUGGAGACAGAAGGUCCCAAACCCAAAGGCAUAAGUGCAGUCGCGGUGCUCUGGACGUUUGGGAAAUGUCUGGGUGCCUUGCUGCCCGUCUACCUGGCCGGUUACUACCGGGUCAGCACCAGCCUGUUGGUGUUCGGUAUGAUGGUCUACACGGGAUGGAAACAUGCCCGAGAAGCCAAGGAGGCACGCCUGAAGUCAGCCAUACAGCUGCUCACCAACGAGGAGUACACAUCCAUGAAAGUGUCCAAAUUCAAGCGAGACCUCCCUGCGUGGGUCAACUUUCCAGAUGUUGAGAAGGUUGAGUGGCUGAAUAAGGUGCUGCAGCAGGUGUGGCCAUUUGUCGGCCAAUACCUUGAGAAGCUGCUGGUGGAAACCAUUGCUCCAUCUAUCCGAGCCUCAAGCACCCACCUCCAAACCCUCAACUUCACAAAAGUGGAUAUGGGAGACAAGGCUAUGAAGGUUGUAGGGAUCAAGGCACACACCGAGAAUGACAAAGGACAAGUCCUGCUAGAUCUGUAUAUUAGCUACGUUGGCAAUGUAGAGAUCAAUGUUGAGGUGAAGAGAUACUUCUGCAAAGCUGGAGUCAAGGGAAUACAGCUACAUGGGAUGAUGCGGGUGAUUCUGGAGCCUCUGAUUGGAGAUGUGCCCAUAGUGGGUGCGGUCACCAUGUUUUUCAUCCAGCGGCCUAAACUAGACAUCAAUUGGACAGGACUGACUAAUUUGUUGGACAUCCCUGGACUGAAUAUCAUGUCUGACAGCAUGAUUAUGGAUGCCAUUGCCUCCUUCUUGGUGCUGCCCAACCGCCUGGUUGUCCCUCUGGUUCCAGACCUGCAUGUGGCCCAUCUACGCUCUCCUUUGCCCAGGGGUGUGGUACGCAUCCACCUACUGGAGGCACAGAAUCUAGCAGCAAAGGACAACUACGUGAAGGGGGUUAUGGCUGGCUUGUCGGACCCCUAUGCCAUAUUGAGGGUUGGCCCUCAGACCUUCACCUCCAAACAUAUUGACAACACAGACUCUCCAGAGUGGAAAGAGAUGUAUGAGGUUAUAGUCCAUGAGGUGCCUGGUCAAGAGUUGGAGGUGGAGGUAUAUGACAAAGACACAGACCAGGAUGAUUUCCUGGGCAGGACCAAAGUGGAUUUGGGCAUUGUGAAGAAAUCCAUAGUUGUCGAUAAUUGGUUCACUUUGAAAGAAACUCCGUCAGGACGGGUUCAUUUUAGACUAGAGUGGUUGGCCUUGCUGCCUACCACUGAUCAACUUGAGCAGAUCCUGAAGAGGAAUGAAAGUGUCACCAGUAAGACUGCUGAUCCACCUUCUUCCGCCAUUUUAGUUGUAUAUCUGGACAAGGCUGAGGCACUUCCUAUGAAGAAGGGAAAUAAGGAGCCCAAUCCCAUGGUGCAGUUGUCCGUGCAGGACAUCACUAGAGAGAGCAAGACUUGUUACACAACCAUUGAUCCCAAGUGGGAGGAAGCUUUUACAUUCUUCAUCCAGGAUCCUCGCAAGCAGGACAUAGACAUUCAGGUGAAGGACGCUGACCGUGUGCAGACAUUGGGCAGUCUGACCAUCCCUUUGUCCCGUCUGUUGUCCAAUUCCAAUCUUUCUCUGGACCAGUGGUUUCAGCUGAACAACUCUGGAUCUGCCAGUCGCAUCUAUAUCAACACAGUUCUCAGGGUUCUGUGGUUAGAUGAGGAGCAUAUUCCAUCUGAUGUGUCCUCUAAUCUGGAGGCUGGAAUGUCCAAGCAGCUGCCCCAGCAGACCUCCCCUCAUCCUAGCUUUGCCACAGAGGGACUGCUUAGAAUUCACCUAUUGGCAGGGCAGAACCUUGUUCCAAAAGAUAACCUGAUGGGGGGCAUGGUAAAAGGCAAGAGUGACCCAUAUGUCAAGAUCAACAUUGGGGGUGAAACAUUCACAAGUCAGGUUAUAAAGAGUAAUCUUAACCCCACAUGGAAUGAGAUGUAUGAGGUGAUUCUUACUCAGUUGCCUGGCCAGGACCUGCAUGUGGAGGUGUUUGAUAAAGACAUGGAUGUGAAGGAUGAUUUCAUGGGCAGGCUGAAGGUCAGUCUGAAGGACAUCAUUGAUUCUCAAUACACUGAUCAGUGGUACACACUCAGUGAUGUGAAGUCUGGUCGCAUUCACCUGAUAGUGGAAUGGGUUCCGACAUCCUCGGAGUCAGACAGAUUGGACCAGGUUCUUCAGUUCCAUUCCAGGCAGUCCUACCAAAACAAGGCGGUUCCCUCAGCAGGCCUACUGUUUGUCUUUAUGGAGCAAGCAGAUGGCUUACCAGUUAAGAAGAGUGGCAAGGAGCCAAAAGUGGGAGCACAUAUUUCUCUUGGAAAAAUGUCCCACAAAACUACAGUGUGUGAUCGUACCACAUCUCCUCAGUGGAAUGAGGCCUUCUGCUUCCGGGUUCGAGACCCCAGAGAGGAAAUUCUUGUUGCUAAGCUCUCCCACAGCUGGACCUUGCCCAUUGGUUCCCUGGUGGUUCCUAUCAGAGAGCUGCUCUCCGAACCAGAGCUGGUCCUGGACCAGUGGUUCCAUCUGGAUGGAGCCUCACCUGAGAGUCAGGUUCUUAUGAGGGCUGAACUGAAGCUGCUGAUCCCUAGCAAAUGUCUGGGUGCAACUGAUGAGGCUAAAGUCACUUCAGCGUCAGAUCCUUCCCCUGCUCAGAAAAAACAGGAGAUAGACACAGUGCAGAGGUCAAGUUCAGUGGACGUUCCUGUGGAGACUAUUGCCUCUUCAGUGACCUUACAUGAAGAUGUGGACGUAAAGGAAAUGCCAGCUCAUGUGACUGAAGAGAAGGUGGAAGAAUCACCAAGCCCUGCUAUACCACAACCUCCUCAUACUUCCCCAGACCUCAGCUUUGCCAGUGAGGGGCUGCUGAGAAUCAUCUUGCUGGAGGCCCAGAGUUUGGUUGCCAAAGAUAACAUGAUGGGCGGUAUGGUGAAGGGCAAGAGUGACCCCUAUGCCAAGAUCAAUGUUGGAGGGGUUGCCUUUAAGAGUAAUGUGAUCAAGGAGAAUCUCAACCCAGUCUGGAAUGAGAUGUAUGAGGUUGUGCUGAGGCCUCAGACAGGACAGGAAGUGCAGGUAGAGCUGUAUGACAAAGACAUGGACAAAGAUGACUUCCUGGGCAGAUGCAAAAUCAGUGUGGCAGACAUCAUCCGUUCCCAGUACACAGACCAGUGGUACACUCUAGAUGAUGUGAAGUCUGGACGUGUUCGCCUGAUACUGGAGUGGGUACCAGCAGUGUCCCAUAAUAACACCUUGGACCAGGUGAUGCAGGUGCAGUCUCUCCAGUCUUACAAGAACAAGGCCGUUCCCUCUGCAGCCCUGCUCUUUGUUUAUGUGGACAGAGCACACUCAUUGCCUUUUAAGAAAAGUGGAAAGGAUCCCAAGGCCGGGGCUGAGCUUGUGUUUGGUAACAGAACCCACAAAACCAAGGUUUGCGAUCGCUCUAGAUCACCUCAGUGGGAUGAGGCGUUCUACUUCUUGGUUCGCGACCCCAGAGAGGAGAUGCUCAUAAUAAGGUUGUCUAGCGAAUGGGACCAGCCACUGGGAUCUCUUGUAGUCCCUUUGAGAGAGCUGCUCUCUGAAUCACAGCUGGUCCUGGACCAGUGGAUGCCUCUGGAUGGAGCUUUACCUGAAAGUGAGAUCCUGUUGAGGGCUGAACUCAAGGUCUUGAGCUCAAGGAUGACUGAAGCUCCGCAGCCUUCUGUGGCUGAUACAAAGAAAGAAGAGAUCGUCAUUUCUACUAAACAGGCAUUCAAAGCAGCCAGUGAGGACAAAAAAAGUUCAGAGCUGCCAAAAGACAAACCGGUUGCAGUAACGAGCCAGGUUAAACACUCUGGAGUUGCAGACGCUGGUCCAGCUGAACCAGCUGCCAUUCACACUGCACUUGAUACAUUACCUGCUGCUGCACUGGUAGAUGAACCAAGAGCUCCAGAAAUACAUCCCACACAGUCAGACACAGCAUUUAAAGAAGACUUUGAACCGCAGCAAAACCAAACAGGUACUGGUUUAGGCAACCUUGCUCAAGCCACAGUGACUGGUCUUCCCGCUGACACACUGGGGCCACCAAAAACCACAGAAAUCCCCAAAGCUGGGGUAGAUCUUCCAGCAAAAACCACACCCAGCCAGCACUUUGGUAAAGAGGGGCUGCUGAGGAUUCACCUGCUGGAGGCCCAGAAUCUGGUUGCCAAAGAUAACCUGAUGGGGGGCAUGGUGAAGGGCAAGAGUGACCCCUAUGUCAAGAUCAACAUAGGGGACGUUACAUUCAAGAGUCAUGUUAUCAAGGAGAAUCUGAACCCAACAUGGAAGGAAAUGUAUGAGCUGGUUUUGAGUGGACACAGUGUCCAGUGGAUCAAGUUGGAAGCAUUUGAUAAGGAUUUAGACUCUGAUGACUUUCUUGGCAGAUUUAGUAUCAAGCUAAAUGAGGUCAUCAGAUCCCAGUACACAGAUCAGUGGUACACUCUGAAUGACGUGAAGUCAGGGCGGGUCCACUUGAUAUUGGAAUGGGUUCCUACAGUGUCACAACCAGUCAGACUUGACCAGGUGCUGCAGCUUCAAUCUCUCCAGUCUUAUCAGAACAAGGCUGUUCCCGCCGCUGCUCUGCUCUUUGUCCACAUUGAGAGAGCACAUGCAUUGCCUUUGAAGAAGAGUGGAAAGGAGCCCAAAGCAGGGGCAGAGCUUCUUCUGGGUGAAACAACUUACAAAACCAAACUGUGUGACCGCAGUACCAGUCCUCAGUGGAAUGAGUCUUUCUACUUCCUGGUCCAUGACCCUAAACAUCAGAUGCUUGUAGUAAAGCUGUCCAGUGGUUGGGAACAGCCAAUGGGAUCUCUGGUGGUGCCGGUGAAGGAGCUGCUUGCGGUGCCACAGCUGGUCCUGGACCAGUGGUUCCAUCUGGACGGAGCCGCACCUGAGAGUCAGAUGCUGCUGAGGGCUGAACUCAAAAUUCUAGAUUCCAAAAUGGUGGAUAUGAUCAGUGCAGGGACUCUGCCGUGUGCUGCCUCUGGCUGUGGAUCUGGAAACGGGCAGGUGAAGUUGUCUGUUUCAUAUUCCUCGCAGGAGAGACUGCUCAUCGUCAUUGUCCAUGCCUGCAGAGGUCUGUUGUCUCAAAGUAAGGAUGGUGUAGACAGCUACGUCUCUGUCAUGCUGCUGCCAGACAAAAGCAAAGCCACCAAGAAGAAGACAUCAGUGAAGAAAAAAGACCUCAACCCAGAAUACAAUGAGAGGUUCGAGUACAAUCUGUCUGUGGAUGAGAUGAGAUUCAAACGCCUUGUUGUAUCAGUGAAGAAUAACGCAGCCUCGUUCAGGAGCCGCGACGUCAUUGGACAGGUGCAGAUCGAAUUGUCCCAAGUUGACCUGGUUUCUGGUGUCACAGAAUGGUGA